CCUCCAUAAACUUUCCUCUGAGGCUCUCUUGGAUUCCUACACCCCUUGUCCUUGGACUGUGCCUUACAUCAUCCCGUAACCAAUUUUUAGAUUGGAUUAUUAGCAGAUUGAGGCCGAUUCAAGCAUUCUGUGCAUUCUGUGGAUUCAGAGUUUGGGAAAAGGAUCAUGGUACCGUGUACAGUAUCAGAGAUAAAAGGGAGACAGUAUUGCUGCUAAAGAAAGCAGAGAACAAGCCCGUCUCAGGACAUCGGUCCAGGGUAGAGGAUCUGCCAGGAGAGAGAUAACAGAAAGAGAGAGAUGGGAUUGUGCAGCAUGUGGAUCUUCCUCUUGUUCCUGUGUUUCUCUCAUCAAAGCGUCUCUGCAGAAGCUGAAGAAUGUCGCACAGCCGUGCCUGCAGAUAUUGUUUUCCUGAUAGAUGACUCGUGGUCAGUGGGUCCAUCCAGCUUCCAGCAAAUCAAAGAGUUUAUAGCAGACAUCAUCAGAGCUUUCCGGGAAAGUGUGGUGGGACUCGAGGGUGUUCGCUUUGGAGUGACUGUUUACUCAGACUUACCCAGGAUGCGUAUAGCUCUGACAGAUUACUCGACUCUGGAGGAAGUGCUCAGGGCGGUGGAGGAUGUGCCGUAUGAAGGAGGAAACAGCCGCACUGGUCUGGCAUUGGAGUUUCUCGUAGAGUCUGUCUUCAGUUCCUCUAUCGUCAGAGACAAUGCCCCAAAGAUUGCUGUUCUGAUCACUAAUGGCCAAUCGGAUGAUCCGGUCGAUGGUCCGGCUAAAGCAGUAUCAGACAGUGGGAUUUCACUGUUUGCUGUGGGAGUGAGGAACGCUGAUCAGUCGGAGCUGAGGAAGAUUGUCACCGAACCUCAUGAGGAACAUCUGAUGCUCAGCCCGGAUUUUUCUUUCCUGGAGCACCUGCUUCCCAAACUCUCCCGCCACAUCUGUUUCACGGCUUCAGAGCCACCACGACCCGUCAAACAAAAUCCACCAGUGGUGGAGAAGAUCGUAGGUCCAAAAGAUCUGCAGGUGAGCGUAUUGAGUUAUAACUCUCUGCAGCUGACCUGGAGUCAGGCCACAGGAGAUGUGACCGGCUACAGGCUGCUCAUCACCCCUGCGUCUCCAAAAGGCCAUCUGCUUCCAGCUCAGCAGAGACAGAUCGAUUUGAAAGGAGAUGUCGGUAGUACCUCUGUAACUGAGUUAAGUCCAAAAACAGAGUAUUCUCUCACUGUAUAUGCCAUCUACCCCGGACGCAUCGGCGAAUCUGCCACUAUUGUUGCAGAAACCCCUCCUGUGCCUCUGGUUGCCAACUUUCGUGUGAUUGAAGAAGGACUGUUCUCCUUACGCCUUGGAUGGACGCUGCCGCUUGGAAAAGUAGACAGCUAUAAAAUCUACAUUCCAAGGACGGACAGACCCGGGCUCAUUUAUGAGCAGAUGCUGGCAGGCGACAUCUCCAUUCAUGUGAUUGAUGCCUUAGAAGAAGAUAAAGACUACACGGUCAGCAUCUACGCCAUGUACCCAGAGGGCAUCAGUGAGCCUGUGUCGGUCACUGGGAAAACAUUAAAACUGGUUCCAGUUAAGCAACUGCUGGUACAGAAUGCCACCACAGACACGGUGCAGGCCCGCUGGACUUCUGUCAGAGGAGCCACAGGAUACAGACUCACCUGGUCAUCAUUAGAGGGGCACAUAGAAAAUGUGAACCUGGGGGACAACUUUAAUUUCUACAUGGUGCAGGGUCUACAUGCUGGCACGGAGUACACUGUAACCAUCAACCCCAUUUUUGGGGACAUUGAAGGGCCUGUUACCACUGCCAAAGCAAAGACAUUGGAAAGCAGUGCAGUUCAGACAUUGAGGGCGACUGCAGUGAGCACUAACAGUGCUGUUACCAUAUGGAACUCUGUCCCCGGGGCCACAGGCUACAGACUGGCUUGGGGCCCGACUGCAGAGUUCACAGGGAGAGAUCGACCCAGGCAGCUGGCUUUGAAUGGCAGUGCUACUGAAUAUGCUUUGAAAAACCUGGCUCACGAUACCGAGUAUGUUCUGUCUCUGUACGUGCUCUUUGGUUCUGUGGUCGGACCCGGCAUCACCGCUACAUUCAGGACCUCGCCUCUUGGAUACGUGUCAAAUUUUAAAGUGACAUCGUACACAAGCUCUGCCAUUGAGGUGGAGUGGAGUCCGAUCGUAGGAGCUACAGAGUACAAACUCACCUGGAGUUCAGACUUUCUGCAUCCCCAGAGCCGCUAUCUUGACCGCAGCGUUUUAAAACACAGCAUAUCUGGUCUUCAUCCAAACACUGCUUAUUCAAUCAGCAUUCAUGCUGUCUACAGCAACACAGAAGGGCCGGAAAUCUCCCUUUCCCAGCGAACAGCGUCUUUGACAGACUCUGAGCUUAUUGAGACAGUUCGUGAAGUACGGGUGGUAGACACUGGUGCCAACUCCUUCAAACUGGGCUGGAAGAAAACACCAGGGGUCACUGGGUACAAAAUCACCUGGGUCCCCUUCCAUGGUGGAGUGAAGAAGAGUGAAGUUGUAUCUUCUUCUACCACUUCUUUUACCAUUACUAAUCUUCCUGCCAGCUCCGCCUAUAAAAUCCAGGUGUCUGCAGUGGUCAAACACAAAGAAGGAAGUCCAGUCAUGGUGACCGCCCGAACAUUGGAUCUGCCUAAAGUGACUGGAUUUAGUGCUCUGAACACCACAGACACCAGCACUGUACUGAAUUGGACCAGUGUGGCCGGAGUCUCCGGGUACCUACUGUCUUGGAGACACAUCUCAGAGGUGGAGAUCUCCUCUGAGCUGUUGAGCUCCACCUUUACCUCCUACAAGAUCAGAGAUCUCCAGUACGGGCGAACCUACAUCUUUUCCAUCAGGCCACUUUAUGGAGAAGUGGAGGGUCCUGUCACAACCAUCACUAAAAGAAUCUUGGGGGCUCCUCACCUGAUUCCUGUGAAGAGCCCCACAUCUGCUCCUGUCUCUUCUCACACCAACUUCAAUGAUGUCCACCUCAUAACCACAACCAGAAGCCCCCCAAAAGCCCCCAGCGUACCCACCACCACAAGGCCUCAGAUCACCAUAGGACAGACGCCCCAAUUACUAACCAGAAUGACCACUGCAAACACUCGAAACACCCUGUCUGUAGAGACUCCGCCUCCUGGACCAGUGUGUGGCAAGGUGAAAGCAGAUAUUGUGUUUCUGGUCGAUGAGUCCUCGAGCAUUGGUGCUAACAACUUUGGCAAGCUAAAGGACUUCCUGUUCAGAAUCGUCACCUAUUUCCCCUCUAUAGGACCUAAAGGAACACAGAUAGCAGUAGUUCACUAUAGUGAUCAACCCAGGAUCGAAUUCAACCUGAAGGCUCACAAAGACCGCAGCUCGAUUUUGAGAGCGCUCAGAGAAGUUCGCUACGGAGGUGGAAACACCAAAACAGGUCGUGGCAUCAGCUAUGUCCUUAGGGAGCUGUUUCAGGAGUCAAUAGGAAUGAGACAAGAAGUUCCUCACGUGUUAGUGCUGCUGACAGAUGGAAGAGCUCAGGAUGACGUAGAGCCGCCUUCCCGAAUAGCACACGCCCUGGGUGUCAGUGUACUGGUGGUCGGAAUCGCUCAAGCAGAUAUUGAGGAGCUGAAGACCAUCGCUUCCCCCACCACCUACAAAAACAUCUUCUUCGCCAGUGACUUUGAUGAUCUGCCCUCCAUCGAGAGAGGGUUGAUCAGCAGCCUUUGCAGUGAGGCUUUACAGUCAGAGUUCAAACAGCAUGAUGAAUCAGCUCAACUAGACACACCUACGAGCGACCCCGAGCCUCUCUCGAAACCCGAAGGACCCUGUCCACUUAGCUGCAAGGGUCAGAAAGGAGAGAAGGGUGAUGGAUUUGGUCUCGGCGGCCUGCGGCUGCAGCAAAGUCCUGGACAUUAUGACUCAUUUAGUCUAAAGGCCAAAGGAGAAAAGGGUGAGAGGGGUCUUCCCGGAACUGAUGGCAUUCCGGGGUUACCAGGAAGACCGGGUAGAACCGGACCCCCUGGUUCUCCUGGACAAAGGGGACCAGCUGGAACUUCUGGUGACAUGGGACCUCCUGGUAAUACUGGACCAAAAGGACAGAGAGGAGAGAGAGGAGAGCCUGGAUAUGUAAUAGGAGGCACGGAAGUUGUUACAGGACGUAAAGGAGAACCUGGAUCUUCUGGUCCUCCAGGUGCUCCAGGUGUCCCAGGAGUAUCAGGCCCAUCAGGGCUGCCGGGUCAACCUGGCCCCACGGGGCCUCCAGGACUCUCUGUGAAGGGUGAAUCUGGGGAACCUGGCCAUAAGGGUCCACGUGGGAAACCAGGUCUCAAAGGUGAAAAAGGAGAGCAGGGGAAUAAUGGUCUAGCGGGUUUACCAGGACCAGUGGGGGUUGAUGGAGUCCCAGGUCUGCCUGGUCAGAAGGGUGAGAAGGGAGAGGAUGGUAUCGGAAUUCAAGGUGCUCAAGGUCCACCCGGGCCGGCUGGAGAGAAGGGUGAUGUUGGAUUACAAGGCUUAAAGGGUGAGCCGGGAAUCCAAGGUGCCCAGGGAGUCAUAGGCCCUCGGGGGAAAAGAGGUCCUAAAGGAGAUCAAGGAGUUAAGGGUGAACGUGGAGAAAUCGGGCCGAUUGGGCCUGCAGGAAUUGCAGGCUUACCGGGAGCUGUUGGACCAAAGGGAGAUGAGGGGCAGCGUGGUGCUCCUGGUGACCCAGCGAAAGGGAUUCUCGGUCCUCAAGGGAAGAAGGGUGCGAGGGGUGACACUGGGCCUGUUGGGCCAUCUGGACUGCAAGGGAUCAAAGGAGAUCAGGGAGGAAAAGGUGAAAAGGGCAACCCUGGGUUUGGAAUCCCCGGUCAGCCUGGCCCUAAAGGAGAGAGCGGAGAACGGGGUAACGUUGGAUUAUCAGGGAAACCGGGCUCUAAAGGCAGCGAUGGCUCCAAAGGAGAGAAAGGGGAAAUAGGUUUCCCAGGCAACCCGGGAUCUUCAGGACUAAGAGGUAAAGAUGGCUUGCCAGGAAUGAAAGGAGAGAUGGGACCAAGGGGGGAGUCUGGUUCACCAGGAGAGCCCGGAGAGAGAGGUCUCAAGGGCCCUCUCGGCCUUCCGGGGCGACCAGGUGACUCUGGUGUGCAAGGAGAGCCUGGAAAAUUAGGGUUACCGGGUCCUGAAGGAGUAAAAGGCGAGAAGGGUGAGCCGGGAAAGCCAGGACCACCAGGAGGUUCUCAGUUAACCAUGUCAGACAACACCAUCCUUACGAGGGCUAUCAAGGGUGAACCGGGUGAACCAGGGCUCCGUGGAGAGACAGGCAAACCUGGAUUGCCUGGUCCUGAAGGUAAACCUGGACCACCAGGGAAUUCACCGUCAGAAUCUGGUACAAGACGAGAUGGUCUGGAUGGUCUACCAGGAAAGCCUGGAUCUAAGGGUGAACCAGGACAAAAAGGCGAACCUGGGUUGAAAGGAGACCCUGGUCGUGCUGGGAUUACUGGUAUGCCUGGUUUACCUGGAACACCUGGCAAGCCUGGUGUUGACGGAAAGCGGGGGACAGCUGGAAAAGAUGGAGAACAAGGACCAAAGGGUGAUGAAGGGGAAAAGGGUGAAAAGGGUGAUCCUGGUACAAAUGGAAAUGAAGGUAAAAAAGGAGAACCUGGAUCUCCAGGCUUGCCAGGUCCUCCAAUUGUUCUCCAAGAGGGUAUGUCAACUGAAGACAUAAAAAAGUUGUUUCCCAUCCCAAUGGGACCUCCAGGAGCAACGGGUCCAACUGGCAUGAAGGGAGAGAAAGGAGAAAAUGGAGAGAAGGGUGAUGCUGGCCCACCCGGGAGAGCUGUUGAAAUGAAGGAUAUUGAAGACUUGUUUGAUUCAUAUGGCAUUAAACUUUCGCUGCUGAAGACAUUGAUUGACAGACUGCUGCAAGAUGGCAUGGAGGAACUUCUUCAUGAGAUCACCAAUAGAAAAGUGAAAGGAGAGAGACAGGAACCGGAUUCAAACAUCAUCCCCAAAAUCACUAGCUCAGUAAAGUACAGUCACUCACAUGAAUCUUUACCUGGUGUGGAUUUAACGGAUAAAGAGUCUGAUCUCAAAGAGGAACAGAUUUCUAAACCCAGUCCUGAACCAAUGGUUGAAAUUGAGGUGGGUCCUACCCUUCUCUCUACCAUCCACAGCAAGACUAACCUGAGCAAAAUUAAAGACAAACAGGCAGAGAACGAGGAGAGCCAACCAGAGAUCAACUUUCAUGACGUGACAACCUCCAAAUAUUCCUAUACCAACACUUCCUCUGAGAGGUCUUCUGGAAAAGCAGAGGUAGGUAUGGAGACUGUUUUACACAGCCAUGAAGACACAGGAAAGAAAACAUCUGGAGAAAAGAAGAAAAGCAAAGAGAAAGCAAAGGGCAAAGGAAAUAAAGGACGUCAAAAACGGCAAAGGAAGCGUUUGGAAAACCAAGACAAUAUAGAAGAGGAUGUUGAAGAGGCAUCAUAUGAUGAUGAAGAAUAUGAGGAUGAAGAUCCUUCAGAAGACCCAUUUUCUGCUGAAGAUGAGCUCAAAUUUACCACGACAGCAGCUGUAUACAUGCAAGAAAAUGAGGGAGAGAUAGAAACAUUUCCACUAGGACAAUCUCCAGAGGAAUUUACAUCGACUGCUCACACAACAACAGCGAGUCCACUGGUUUCAACCAGAGUCACAGAACAGACGCCAACUGAAGCUACAGUAACGCCAGUGUUAAAUACAAAACAAAGUGAAAACGAGGGGAACUUGUCCAAAAAUAGCCUGGCAGGAGCAAGGUCUAAAGUGAGGAGAAGCGCCCCCUGGCCCCAUCACAUGGCCUACAUGCCUGGAGCACCAGGAGGACAAAGGCGUUACAAACAAGAAGAUGAGCGGUCAACAUCUGGUGCACAAGGAGAAAGGAAGCAAAAUAAACAGAAGCAAGAAAACAAAGACCCUGAGCUUGUGGCAGAGACAUACGGGAAGAGAGAGGCAGAUGUCUAUGUUAAGAAUAAAAAGAAAAGGGAAGAAGAAAGAGGGAGUGAAGGACAUUGGGAUUGGGAGGAAAGAGAAACAAUGACUAAAACCAAAGAAUACAGUUCAGGUGAUGGUGAUGAUGAAACGGGUAGCGAGGAAAUAGAGGAAGACUUUGAGAUGGAGAGGGAGCGAGAGAGACUAGAGAUGGAAAGAGAAAGGGUGGAGCUGGAACGAGAAAGAGAAGAAGAACUGAAAAGAGAAAGAGAGAUGGAUCAGGAGGAAAAGGAGGAGAGAGAGAGACAGUUACAGAGACAAAGAAUAGAAUGGGAAAGGCAAAGAGAGAAAAUGGAGAGAGAGAGGAUGGGCGAGGUGGACCGAGAGGAAGACAUUGGCCCUCAUAUUUCCCAUUGUGAUUAUCUUAAGGGGCCUCAAGGUGAAAAUGGAAAACCAGGCCCUAAGGGGGUGAUUGGAGAGAAAGGCCAAAAGGGCGAGCCUGGAACUGGACACCGUGGACCCAAUGGUCAAGCAGGUCCACCAGGACAAAAGGGUGAACCAGGAGAACCAGGACCACCUGGAGCUCAGGGCAUCCAAGGUAUCCGUGGAAAUCCUGGAAUCCCUGGGACACCGGGUCUAAGAGGCCAACCGGGUGACCCUGGAGAAAUGGGUAGAAAGGGUGAGAGCGGAAGAAGAGGGAAAAAUGGCUCACCAGGCCCUCCAGGUGCAUCCGGUCCCAUAGGACAGCUGGGUCCACCUGGCCCUCCCGGGGUCAAAGGUGAGAAGGGUGACAGUAUACCAGGAGAACCAGGUGACAGAGGAAUUUCUGGGCUACCAGGUCGCAGGGGAGCCAAAGGCAUUGAUGGUACAAAAGGUCCUCCAGGACUAAUGGGUCCUAGAGGCCUCAGUGGUGUGAAAGGAGAAAAGGGUGACAAAGGUGUCACUGGGAACAGAGGAGAAAAGGGGAGUCCACUCUCCAUGCCAGGCCCACGAGGAUUCAAAGGCCUUAAAGGAGAAGCAGGUGAGCGUGGGCUUCCAGGAUUUGAUGGAGAUAAAGGAGAAAAAGGUGAAGAUGGGCCACCUGGUGCAAAGGGCCUGAAGGGUGAGGCUGGUACCAAAGGGGGCAUGGGGCCAUUUGGUGCACGUGGUCCAGUUGGGCAAAAGGGGGAUCCAGGGGAGUCAGGCAUCAAUGGAGAAAAGGGUCGAAAUGGAGGGGAUGGAUUGGAUGGUGAGGUCGGUGAAAAGGGAGAUAUGGGCCUGCAGGGUCGAAAGGGAGAUCAGGGUGAGAAAGGUGAUCCUGGUUUACCUGGUGAUACAGGAAUUAAAGGAGAGAAGGGCUUCAGAGGUUUCCCUGGACGUAUUGGGAGCCCAGGACUGGAUGGGGAACGGGGUGACUCUGGGGACCCCGGAGCACACGGCAUUCCUGGACUAAAUGGCAUCCCAGGACGAAAGGGAGAAAAAGGCAAUAGUGGUGAGAAUGGCCUUGAUGGAGCUCCUGGACAGAAAGGGGAUAAGGGGACAACUGGUUUUCCAGGUUUCGCCGGAUUUAAGGGAUCUUCUGGUGCACCUGGAGCUGCCGGUUCUCCGGGUCGGCCUGGUCCAGUUGGGCCCAAAGGAGAAAUAGGACCAAAGGGAGAAAAGGGGAAGAGAGGCAGAGGAAAGGCCUGUCAAAGAGGACCGCCUGGAAUUCCUGGUCUUAGAGGCUUGGAUGGGGAAUCAGGAGCCUCGGGCACAAAGGGAGAUAAAGGCGAGCCGGGACUCAGUGUGGAAGAUGUGAAGGAUUUAGUGUCAAAGGAGGUGGUGGUGAAGUGUGGUAAGAAUUAUCUCCUCCUGGUGAAUACAAAUGAUCCAGACGAAGGUAGCAUCCUGAGAGAUGAGAGAGUUGCUGAGGAAUCUCCCCAUCCUUUGAUGCAAACCCUCUCCAAAGUGUGGGCUGAAGAUAUGGAAGUUUCUGAUUCUGAGCCAACAUUAACAUAUGGUAACAUUACGAGAGCCGACGCACGGAGAGAUGGAGGAGAAUAUAAGAAGAGACGUGCACUCCACACAGACCCGGCCACAGAUCUGUGCCUUGAACCCAUGUCUGAGGGACUUUGCACCGAAUAUGUCCUGCUCUGGUACUACUAUGCAAAUUCAGGAGAGUGUCGUCCCUUCGUGUACGGUGGCUGCGGAGGGAAUAGAAAUCGCUUCAACUCCAAACACGACUGUGAGGGUCGAUGUGUUCUGGGUAGGAGAGAUUCUGGAUCCUGAACAGGAAAAGCGUGCUAUUAACAACAAAAUUCUAUUGUAAACUAACAUUUAUACCACUUAAAUAAUAUUUUUGCACAUUUUUGUAUGUAUAUCAGUUAUCAAAACAGUCUUUUACACUUUUAAUUGACAAUGUUUAUAACACAUCAUUUUGCACUGUUUUAGUGAUACACUCUCUACAAUGACUACUGUUUUUCUAUGCUUGUUAACCGAGGUCAUGAUUUCAAGAAUAUAAUGCACUAUUAAUGGGGUAAUUCACCCAAAAAUAACAAUUCUGUCAUUACCGCUCAACCUCAUAUGACGCCAGAAUUUUCCUUUUUGGGUGAACUGUCUCUUAUAAUAAUAAUAAUGAUAAAUUGUAUUCAUGGCCUAGUCAAAGUUGCAUUUUAUUACCCUUUACCUUUGGUUCAUUUUGCACUAUAGCUCUGUUAGGAAAUGUUUAUGGUGGACAAUGACUUUUUAAAAAUAAUAUAUGAUUUAAUAAAAGUGACCUAAACAUGUAUUUUUGAAUGGGUUGCUUUAAGGAGGACGGGAGGUGU